AGAGGAACGAAGAAGAGAAACCAGCAGAUAUCACCAAAAUUAUCUUUAAGCAUAUUAUCUUGUAUCACUUUAUCUUUUCUUUAAAAUGGAAAACUCUGGCAGCCUGUUGGUGAGAAUGCUGGUUGUCCUUGUCCUUGGAGCUGUGGUUCAGCCUGGAGCAGCAACCCAGAAGCUGGCAACCUGCUGUAAGACAGUGGACAGAGAGGAGAUAACUGACCCAAUCUUAGGGUUCUUGGUCCAGAAGGCUGAUCCCCCAUGUGUCCAAGCUAUCAUCUUCCAAACAAAGACCGGUCUUUUCUGCAGCCAGCUGAACGCUCCCUGGGUUCUUCGCAAGAUUUCUGCAUUCAGGAAAGCAAGAGCUCAAGAGACACAUCAGUGGUCCCUUCCUCCAAACUUCCAAACAAAGACCGGUCUUUUCUGCAGCCAGCUGAACGCUCCCUGGGUUCUUCGCAAGAUUUCUGCAUUCAGGAAAGCAAGAGCUCAAGAGACACCAUCAGUGGUCCCUUCCUCCAAAGUCUCCCUCCUCUCUAUCAUCACGUCCACUGCCUCCCCUCCUUCAUCCUCUACUCCUCCUCCUUCCUCCUCUUUUUCCUCUUCUUUUUCUCCUUCCUCUUCUCUUCCAAUAACUUCGUCCACUUUUCCUUCCUUCGCCUCCACAUCUGAGAUGCCAGCUGAUGAAACUUUCUCAGAAGACAAGGAAGAGUUGUUAGAAGCCUCCGGACAUCUGUCAGUUUACGAAGCUCUCCAGAGAGGAACAGAGACUACUUCAUUCAUCUGUACUCCUUUGAAUCUCAUCUUCAACCGAAAGCCUUUUUGGAAAAUGGUGAACAGCAGAGAAAUGGUGAAGAGCACCUUUGUUGCCCUGGUCCUUGUGGCGGUGAUUCAUUCUGUAUCAGCAGCAGAGAAGCUGGCAUCCUGCUGUAAGACUGUCACGAAACUGAAGAUAACAGAACCAAUCACAGGAUACAUGAUCCAGAGGCCGAAACCUCCAUGUGUCCUCGCUGUCAUCUUUCAGACACAGUCAGGUCUUUACUGCAUCCAUCUGAGAGCACCAUGGGUUCGCCAAGAGAUCGCUGCAAUUGAGAGAGCUAAAGCUCAGGCAAUUUCUUCUUCAGUGGUUCCUUCAUCAGCACCCUCCCUCCUCUCCAUCAUCACCUCCACUGCCUCCCGUCCGGCAUCCUCCACUCCUCUUCCUUCUUCCUCUCCACUUUCUAGCUCUUAUCCUUCUUCAUCCUCCACUCCUCUUUCUUUUUCUUCUCUUCCUUCUUCCUCCUCUCCACUUUCUAGCUCUUCCCCUACUUCUUCAUCCUCCACUCCUUUGUUUUCCUCCUCUCCUGCCUCCUUUGCCCCAACAUCUGAGAUGCCAGCUGAUGAAACAUUUUCAGAGGACCAGGAUGAGUAAAUCAGCAUUUGAUCCUCCACCAGCCAAUGAAAAUGAAGACUGAAUUCAUCAAGGUGUUUACGAUUAUGGCUUCAAAACUGUAACAAGCUGAUAUUUAAAAAAGCAAAGCAAAAAAGUUGUUAAAUUACCAUUUGUCUAAUAUUUUAGGUGGAUUUAUUUAUUAGUUUAAUCUAAUUGACCAGUCUUGAUAAAAGUAUUUAUGUAUUUAUUACCAAGCGUGUUUAUGAAUAUUUAUAAGGUACUUUACAUAACUUAAUUUAGAGUGUAAUGUUAAUGUUGUGGCUGUAAGCAACUCAAGCUAUGAACUUGUUCACUUAAAUGUUUUAGGAUUUUUAUUUAUUUGAAUUCUUGAGCUUAUUUUUCUCCUAAAGAAGUUGUGACAAAAAAAAAUCUGAAAUAAAUGUUGCACAUGAGAUCAUUCAUCUGUAAGACUGUAUCUUCAUCUAAUAGGACUUCUUUCUUACUAAAGAAACUAUAAUGGCUAAAAGUUUUAUCCAGAUAAGGAUCAAACACACCAUAUAGCAGAUGUGAACUUUGAUGAGAACUUAAUAAAACCAAUAAUAAACUGUG